AGAAUAAACACCAACAGGAACUGGUCUGUUCCUAAGGUGCAAUCUUUUAAAUUUCAUUCCAAUAAGAAAGCUCCUUGAUCAAUAAAAAUCGCCAGACAUUUAUUCAUUGACAGGGCGCCUUUAAGGCCCCAUCCAGAAGGGGCCGUCCCGGAAAACCGGCUCCACAUCUGCUGGAGUCCGUCUUAAAAUCCGCCAGCACCGGGACCGGCGGAAACCGGCGGGAGAGGAGCGGGAGCCGCACAGAGGAGUCCGGCCGCCGGAAGAGGAGAGAGAGAGAGAGGGAUGGCGGCGGCGGCGGCGCGGAGCCUGAGCCUGGGGCUGAGGCUGGGGAGAGGUAGUACCUGUGUGACCACUGCUGGGAACUGGACCGUCUGCCCUUUUCUUCAUCGCACCUCGGUCACGCAGACUGGAUUGUCCACGUUGAUGCCACUCCCUCUUGUAUUCCAUCAGUAUAGAUACAGCAGCUUCUUCAAUAAGUUAACAGCAGAUGAAUUAUGGCGGGGAGUAAUGGCAGAAUUUGGUGCAGGAGCACGAAAGGGCAGAGGUAAACGAACUAAGAGGAAGAUGAAGAAAGAUUUGAACAGAGGACAGAUGAUUGGUGAAGGACGAGCUGGGUUCCUGUGGCCAGGUUUAAAUGCUCCUGUUGUGAAAAGUGGAACCAUUCAAUCAAUCGGAAAACGUGACCAGACGCAGCAGGAAGUGUUGCAGGCUGAAGCCAUUCGAGACCGAGAGGAAUGGGACAGGAGAAGGAAAAUGAAAUUGAAAAGAGAAAGAGGCUGGACUGGUAACUCCUGGGGUGGCAUCAGCAUUGGCCCCCCUGACCCCGGUCCUAAUGGAGAAACUUACGAAGACUUUGACUCCAGGGUGAUCGAGGUUAAAAGUGUCUUCAAUAUGACAGCAAAAGAAGGCAGGAAAAGAUCCGUCAGUGCUUUGGUGGUGGUUGGAAAUGCAAAUGGAGCUGCAGGUUUUGCACUAGGUAAAGCACCUGACAGAACAACUGCUCUUCGAAAGGCAAAGAACAGAGCUAUCCACUACUUGUACUACAUCGAGCGGUACAACAGCCACACCAUUUAUCAGGAUAUAACGUCGAAGUUCAAACGAACAACAAUCAAAAUGAAGAAACAAAACUACGGGUAUGGACUACAUUGUCAUCGAGCUAUCAUUACAAUAUGCAAGUUAAUUGGAAUUAAGGACAUGUAUGCCAAGGUUUCUGGAUCAACAAAUCUAUUGAAUAUUACCAGAGCCCUUUUUCAAGGAUUGUCAAAACAGGAGACUCACAACAACUUAGCUGACAAGAAGGGGUUACAUGUCGUAGAGUUUCGAGAUGAGUGUGGGCCUUUGCCCCUGAUAGUUGCCUCCCCACGUGGUGUCGUCAGGAAGGUGCCCGAACCCGAAGAUGAAAUUCCCAACACUAAGUUGGAUUGGAGUGAUGUGAAAGCAGCACAGGGUAUGAAACGGUCAGUCUGGGCAAAUGUCAAGCGCACAAUAUGGUGACCAGCUGGUACUUGAUGAGAUGCUAGUGAGGCUGUUUUACUUAUCGAACUUGCAAAGAAAGCUGGAGGGAUGAGAACUCUCAAGCUCUCUGCAGAGCUUGGCACAUCAUGGAAGGAUGACAUGUUUAACAUCAUCUGCCUUGAUUGUAUUUUAUGGAUUAAAAGACUUACUAAUUAAAGAUUUUUCCAUUGUGUUACGGUUUCUUUAUCUGGAAGAAUGGAGAUUUGUGAACAUAUGUAACACACACUGUGGUCUUUCACCAUAAAACAAAUAAAAUUCAUUGUGUUUAAUAGAA